AUGAUCCGCCUACCUGAACUCCCGUCGCUCUCCCCUCCAAAAACGGCGGCAUCUCUAUCGCCGGCCGGGUGGGUAUUGUCGUCUGACGCCGUCGCUGUCGGUUGGUUCGGGGAUUCCCCGCCGCUGGAACCAGUGGCCGCUGUGGAUGCACUCGACGCAGUGUCCAGAAAGUCACAACCGGGCCCGGUCAAUGCGUCUAUGUCGCUGGUGCUUAGUGCGUCGGUGGCAACGCCAGAGUCUGAAUCUGUAAUGAAGAAAAUGACUGUUGAUUAUUUGAAAUUGGGCUUCAUUCCAUCAUUGCCGGACAAACAAUCGCCUUUGUGCCUUUUAUGCAACAAAGUUUUGGGCAAUGACGCUAUGAAACCAUCUAAACUGCAAGAUCAUCUGACAAGAUGCCACCCUGAUGAAACAGAGAGAUUUGAAAUACUUUCAAACACUCGAAGAUAA